AUGUCCAAGCCAGCUAUCGUCCCAGAAACCACAGUCGCGGGCAUUUCAGUCGACCCGCGCACCCUCGAGCGCGUCAUUCCCGAGUCGCGUAGGCCCGAUGGCUCUGUCCGUAAGCAGCUGAAGAUACGCCCCGGGUUCACGCCGCAGGAGGAUGUUCGCCGCUUCCGCGGGUCACGCCAGGCGCAGAUG